UGAUGUAUGGAACAGUUAACAGAAUGGAUGCCUACGAGCUGAGCUAUUUUAAAACCAGAUAUAUGCUAUCUGGUUACAUAAAUAACGCUGAUUAAUGGCUGGUGUGUGGGAAAGCUCUUAUCUUACUUGUCCUACUUGAUUUGAGCGCUGUGCCUUUAAAGGAACAAACUGCUCCGUCAUUAAGUUCCAACUGUCGACCCGGCGGCCACGUACGGCUCGGUGCCCCAGCGGUUCUCCGGCGGUUUGGGUUAACUUCUCUGUUUUUGACUGCUUUUUAGUAGUUUUUCUUUCAGAGGUGCGAAAGACAAAGUUUUUGAAUGAAGCUGUAAAGCAGCAACAGCAAGAGGAGGAGGAGGAGAGGGCGGUUUGUGGGGUCGUCCGGGGGUAUCGGAUCUGGGAUCGGCUCACAUUUAUAACCAGACGGACGGCGGCUUCUUUGGGGCAGAGCUGAGCUUCACGGACGGACAGUUUCACCGAGGAGGACGUGGAGCUCGAACUGUUUAAAGGACGGGGGAAAGGUCGGAAAUAUCAGGCGGGAGGGGGAAAGUUUAUUUUCUUCUCUCAAGACUGCGAGCUGUUGGACUACUGACUGUAAAGUUUGCGGAUAUUUGUGUUUAAGCUAGGCUAGAUACAACUACUUGCAACUUUAUUGAAGCAGAGCCGAUACGCCUUUUUAAAAAUGGAUAAAUACGAGGAUUUAGGGCUCGAGGCGAGCAAGUUUAUCGAGGACCUAAACAUGUAUGAAGCAUCCAGAGAUGGCUUGUUUCGAAUGAGGAGGGAUGCGGGAAAUAACCCCGACUUUGAAGAGACGAGGAAAGUUUUUGCCUCUAAAAUGACUAAAAUACACAUGCAGAAACACCAGGAGGAGAUGGCCAGAAACAACGAGGCCAUUAAAAUGAACGGAGGUCACAGCAGCAUACAUUACACCAAAGACAGACCGCCCAUCAACAGUUACAGACAGCUGAGUGAAGCUGCUGCGAAGCCCCCACUACUAUCUGGCCCUGUGCCGAGCACCGCUGCUGGGAGUCAGUACGCACAGUUUGACGGCCAGAGACACCACACGGGUAUCCAGUCUGAACUUCCUACCGGCAGGGCUUACGAGUACGGAAACAAUUACGACAGUAAGGAGCGCUUGGAGCCCCAUUCAUACCAGCAUACCACCCCUUCCCCGCCUAGCUCUGGAAACCCUUCUCAUGCGCGUCACCCAGUGAGCCAGCCGCCUGCUUGGGCCCCAUCCAGAGACAGCCAGCCUGCCCCAUCUUUGUCUGAGUCUGGGAGCAGCAGUGCAUCCCAGCACCUAUCCCAGGCACCUUCUACCUUCAACAGUCUUCUAUCCCAGCAGAAUCAGGCCAUUUCUUCACCUGUCAAUAGAAGUCCACCAUCUCCUGCUGGGCCAGUUAAAGGGUGGGUCGGAGAGCCCUCUGGCUCAGCAAAACCAGACCUGGCGCCUAUCCUGCCUCUGAGUGCCUUCACAGGAGGAGCUGAAUUGCAUGUGCAGCAGCCCUCCACCAAGCCUGCGUCCCAUUACACGCCACCGCCAAUUUCUAAACCAUCUGCCAGCCAUAAUGGUCCCGUGGCAGCCUCCUCUGUCCUUUCUACAACUUCUGAAACGCUUCAGCCCAAAGCCCAGGUGACAUCUUCUGCUGUAAACCCCAGCAGUGUCUCCAAAAGCAUCAUCCAGGGUCAAGGUCAGAGCCAAAUGCCUGCCUGUGGACAGACCAACAGUGCUGAAGCUGAAGUCCCGGGCUCUUCUAAGCCUGUCCAGCUACCCUGUCAGUCCGUCCUGACACAUCCACCUGAACAAAGUCCUUCAGCAGCUGAAAUAAAAUUAGAAGCCCUCACUAAGCGACUGGAAAAAGAGAUGGAUGCCCAGCCAAAGGCUGACUACUUUGGGCUGUGUGUGAAGUGUAAUAAGGCAGUGCAUGGAGCCAAUCAAGCCUGCCAGGCUAUGGGUAGCCUCUACCAUGACAACUGCUUCACUUGCAGCGCCUGUAGUCGAAGACUGAGAGGGAAAGCUUUCUACUAUGUUGGAGGGAAGGUUUUCUGUGAAGAAGACUUCCUGUAUUCUGGUUUCCAGCAGUCUGCAGACAAGUGCAACGCCUGCGGACACUUGAUCAUGGACAUGAUCCUGCAGGCCCUCGGGAAGUCGUACCACCCAGGCUGUUUCCGCUGUGUCAUCUGUAACGAGAGCCUUGAUGGAGUGCCCUUCACUGUGGACACCGAAAAUAGGAUCUACUGUGUCAAAGACUACCACAGGUGGCGUCCUUGCACCCUAAAUGUUGCCUGUAACCAGCCAAUCCUGCCCUCAGAGGUAAGCUAUCGCUUGCUGUUUUACUUGGAAGGAGAGAGUGGAGCAUUUUCUAGUGAUAUUACCUUCAGUGGUUUGUUUGGGGUUUUUUGUUUUUUCCAGGGGUCUGAUGAAACCAUUCGAGUAGUAUCCAUGGACAAAGACUAUCAUGUUGAAUGUUAUCACUGUGAGGACUGUAAGAUGGAACUGAACGAUGAGGAAGGUCACCGCUGUUACCCGCUGAACGGACACCUUCUCUGCCACUCCUGCCACCUGAAGCACAUCCAGCCCGGCCGCUCCUCUUCAGUCGCUGCCGCCUCCUACUAACAGCGCUCCAGGUGGUGGGAGACACCUGAUGGAUCGGAGAAGGAACUGCAAAAUAUGGACUUCGGGAAUUUAUUUGCAAUUCUUGUUGUAAAGGAUUGAGACGUCCUGAAAUAUAGUUUGAUAUGUAUAUUGACAGGAAUGUCAAUGAAGUGUCCUUUAUGCAGAAUCCAAUAAUGAAGUACUGCAAUGCACCAAAACCCUACUUUAAAUGAAGCAUUGCAUGCAGACUUUCCAGAAGUGUUGUCAUAUUAUAAAUUUUCUUUGUGUAAAUAUGAAAUGCCUUGGUUGUGUAAAUAUCCUAGACUGUGUGCCUUCAACUUUGCCUCCAAACUUCUGCUGUUAAUUUCAACAUUUAGUUACAUCAUAUAAUAACUUAGACACAUCUGUGUCACACGAGAAUAAAUCGAUACUUAAUUCCAGGGGUAUAAGAGACGGGCAUCGUGGCACUGAAAGAAUCCUGAAUUGGAAUCUCUGGAAUGAUUUGGCAAAACCAAAGAUUGGAGUGGAAGUAUAACUCUGAGGGGGAAAUGUGUGUUUGUGUGUUUGUUUGUUUGUUUUUUAACCAUUAUUUUGGGAUAAAUCCUGCUAACAUCAACAACAUCAAUGGGUUUUUUUCUUUUAAAUGUCCCAGUGACCACUGAAAUUAAAGCUAAUUUACAGGAUCCUUCAAAAUAAUUUCCCAAAUGUGUUUUAUCAAGUGAGAGACUUGGUUAUACUGUUAGUCUGUUCUAAGCACAUGGAGAAAUAGAAGUGAGUUUUCUAUGCACCUAUGAGAAUGCUGGUAUUAGAACUGUAGAUCAUUGCAUAUUUUUUUUAUAAAUAUUUAUAUAUACUGUAGGCCUAUAAUCAUUUGUCUGUUUUAUUUUUUGGGCAAUUCCCCUUUAAAUAGUUAUUUCCCUUCCAGAACAUUUUCGGUUUGAUGCUUUUUGCCAUCCAUAUUUUAUUCAUAUACUAACUUAAUGCUUGCUUGCUUGACAUUUGCAGUCCUUAUUUUGUAACCAACUGUGUUCUGUUUGAUUGUUGUAAAGGAAAUAUUUAAUUAAUAAAAUACAACAAGCCAAA